AUGGAGCUCUAUCAAGGUGAAAAGAUAGACUCUUUAAAAGUAGAGCAAAAAUCUUACUUACUCCCAAUAUCUACUCGCAACCUUGAUGCAUGGGUUCGUCUUGCAAUUGCGAAAGGAGUUGAAGACAUUCAGCUUUUGUUGAACCGGCCGUAUCUUGCAUCAUAUGUUUUUCCCUAUCAGUUGUUGUUCCACGGCUCGAGUUCUCUGAAACACUUGGCGUUGUGUGACUGUAUUCUGCGACAACCUCCUCCUGAUUUUGACGGGUUUAACAAUCUAAGAUCCCUCAGUCUAAGUUAUGUAACCCUUGAUCAGAUUUUUAUGGCACAUGUCUUUUCUAAUUGCUUGUUGCUUGAAAGCUUGAAAAUAAAGAACUGCCAUGGACUUACACAUCUAAAUAUUGUUGGUGAUCGUCUAAGUGAUCUGAAGCUGUCGCAUUGCGGAGGGAUUGAGAUUUCUGCCCCCAAUCUCGUCUCGUUGGAAUUUUGUGGAGAUUUUUCCAGCAUUAUUUCUGUUACAACUUCACCACGCUUAGCACGAAUUUUAGCUGACGUCGAAAGGAUGCGUCCAGCAGUACAUUCUUGCCUUGCAUCGUUUCCUGAGCUCGAGACUCUUCAUCUGCAAUACCGGGACGGAGGCUAUAGACUAUCCCAAAUCAGCAGUGACAUAACCUUUAGAAACCUCAAGCAAUUGAGCUUGAAUCAGUGGCAAUCGGGUACAUUUGAUCACAAUCUUGAUCAUCUCAAGUCUGUGCGGGAUCUCAUCACGGCUGCACCCCUUUUGGAAGAGUUUGUACUGACUGAAUAUACCUCAAGGUUUCCCGAUGAAAUAAGGUAUAAUGUAGAAUGUUCAGGAUCAUUCACACAUGAUCACUUGAAAAGAGUUAAACUGCAGCGGUUUCUGGGUAAUUGGUAUGAGUUAGAGUUUGCAAUUUGGAUUAUGAAGAAUGCAGCAAAGCUCGAGAUACUGGUGCUUACUUCGGGAGGAAGCGCCUACGACGUAAAUUUGGAGAAAUGGAUUGAUGUUCGAGAUAGACGGAAAUAUCCAUCAUCUUGGAAACAAGACAUGAUACUUCUCCAAGAAAAAUUAGAGCAAGUAAAGACUAAUAAUGCUCGAAUUAUAAUCGAGUUCAUGUUAAAGCAAAAUUGA